AUGGCCGAGCCAGAGAGUAAGCCAGAGCAUAAAGCUACUGGCGAUGACCAUAUUUCCAAGUUAGCCUUCACGGCGGUGGCCGCGCCCAACCCCUCUUCCGACUCAACCUCUUCGCGGGCGCACCGACAGCCACACGAGAUACCCGACCUCGACCACUAUGUUCCCAAAGGCCCCCCAGCGACGAAGAAGGAGGUUUGGUCAUACUAUGCCUACUAUGCGGGGAACAACGGGAUUGGCUCCUUCCAAUACUCGAAUCUUCUUUUCCAGAACUUGAUAUACCAAGCCGCAUUCGACCCUACUGUUCUGCCAUUCGGAAGCGCGGCCUGCGAUCCUGAUCCGACGCGUCCAUGCCACGUCUACUGGGGAGGUGGGGGAAAGACCAAAGCCUACACGUCGGUCAUCCUGAUCGGGACGGGCUUGACGUUCCUGGCCCAAGUCCUCGUCUUCAUCGGAGUGGGGAGUCUGGCAGAUUUUGGGAAUUGGAACCCAUGGGUUGUCAGAAUUUUCUCGGUGCUCUCUUGGGGGUUGGAAUUUGGCUUCCUAGGUGUCCAUACGCCGUCAAAAUGGAGGAUUGCCAUGGCAUUGUAUAUCCUGAGUAGUGUCACAUUCUGGGCGUCGUACGUGUUCUUCAACGCCAUCUUUCCGAAAAUUGCCCACGAUCUUCCCGAGGCUAGAGCUGCAAGAGAGGAGUUAUUAAAUGGUACGAUCAACGAAGAAGAAUACGAAUACAAAUGCUCCAUGGCGCGAUCCAAGAUAAUGAAUAUGAGUUAUGGAUUCAAUAAUAUCGGGUUCACGGCAUCCGCAGCCCUUUCCCUCGCUGCUCUGUAUGGUCUUCAUGCGGAUGACUCCAUUGACGCGAACAACUGGGGUUAUUCAGUCGCGGUAGCUGUCACCACGGGGUUCUGGAUAAUAUUGGCCAUUCCCUGGUUCCUCUGGGAGAAGAAGCGACCUGGACCACCGCUGCCAAAGGGCGACAACUAUCUUACCUUCGGUGCUAAGCAGACUUGGUUCGCCGCCAAGCAAGCGUGGACCUUGAAGCAGACCUUCCUCUACCUGAUUGCCUACUUCUUGCUUGCGGACGGCAUUGGAACGACAUGGUCCCUCAUCGCGAUCGCUCAAACCCAAGCUGUCUCGUUCUCGGCCACCCAGAAUACGCAUCUGAUCCUGGUUCAAGGCGUAUCUGCCGCCGUAGGCGUGUUCGGUGCCUACUACAUUCAAAGCUUAUUUAAAAUCCGGACGAAGACGAUGCUCCAGUGCACCAACUUCGGCUGCGUACUUGUUGCCCUGUGGGGCAUGAUCGGUAUCUGGACCAAUAAAGUCGGGUAUCACAACCUGUGGGAAUUCUGGCUCUUCAAUGCCCAGUUUGGGUUCACAUACGGCGCACAAUUCUCAUACGGCCAGGCGUUUAUGGCCGAGUUGGUCCCACGCGGGCGCGAGUACAUGUUUUUCAGUCUACUCGGCAUCGUGUCGAAGGGCUCCGCUUGGAUUGGCCCCAUUGUAUGCAGUGCCAUUGUGGAUCUCAACGGCAAUCAAUGGACAGCCUUCCCCUUCACAGCUGCGCUCACCUUGGUGCCGUUCAUCGGCAUCUUCUUCAUCAGCGAGACCAAGAGCCGGGUUGAAUGCGCUGCAUAUCUCGCGCGCGAGGCAUCGGACUUGAGGAAGAUCAAUGUCGCGGAACAUACCGACCAUACUGAAUCUGACGAGAAGACUGGAUCUUUGUAA